GAAACAUUAAUUGCCCGGAUGUUUUGAAAACCUGUCAACUAUCAUAAAUCAGUUAUGUCGCCCAAUUAUUAGCCACAAGUGAGGGGUGUCGGAGUGUACGCCGUCCUGUCAAAGACACGCUGUCGAAUGGGAACAUCUAGCGAGCACAUCGAAGGCUCUAAUAACACUUCGUCCGGGGUGUCAGCAGCUGGGCGCAUGUGGCCUGCGUCGGCCAGGGAAGUGGAAACGACGAGUUCAUUCGAAGUGUAUACUCUUUCAUAUAUAUAGACCCCGUACUGAGUGAGGGUCACCGGCGGGGAAAGGACUGUACAUCAGGCAGUUUCGUCUCCUGAGCAGAAUUUGGACUCCCAGCCAACAGAAGCCAAAGCGAAAAUGCGGGCGUUGCGACCGAUGCGACCAACACCCUGCAGCCACCUCUUACUACCUGUACCUCACUCGUUUUCGAGACGGCCGCUGGUCUUACCGGCUUCUUUAUGCGCCGCUUCACGCCUGAUAUCAUCCACGCUGAUCUUGCGCUCCGUAUCUCCAAAGAAAGCAGUGAAGUUGAGGCGAAAGGAUGCUACGACCGAUGCUUACGAACAAAGUGCGAAGCAACUCAAACAGAAUCACGGCGGCCGGCUCGAGGAACACCCGUCCCAGACCUCUUCACAUCAGAGUGAGCACAAUCGGCAGCGGCAGCUGUCCCAGCUGGGCCAACAGGGCGGUACCGACCAGGCUCGACCACAACCGUCUCCGCCUCAAAAAGGGCACAAUCGACAGCGACAGCAGCCUAAGCAACAGGCAGCGAGCCCUGAAUCUCUAUCGGGGGCCAUCAAACGGGAGUCCCUAACCCAAUCUUAUAAAAUCUUCAAGUUACUGGAACAGCGCGGCCAACUCUCCGGAGUGCCGUCGCAAACUUUCGAUACCCUCAUGCGGCUUAUGCGUGAGAGGGAACAUGACUAUCUCCCCAGGAUGAUGCAAAUGGCGCAGAGUAUACGAGCCGCCGGCACGAACCUGGGGGAGGCGGGAUAUGGCCAUAUGAUCCAGGCGUUCGCUGUGAGAGCCCGCAGUGGGGUCAGAUGCGAUUGGGUCGACCUUAUCAUGCGGGAAUUGGAAGCGGAUGGGAUGGUCACUGGGCGGCCCUUGCAUCUCUUUCUGGAAGCGACUGUGCAGGCUCGGGAUUUUGAAAGGUCUCUGGACCUCUUCAAGCGUAUUCAAGCCCUGGGCGACGUGCAGGCGAAAACCUACGAGUUGAUGGUCGUUGUGUACUUACGUGCGAAGCGGACAACCGAAGGCAUAAAUGCGAUGUACGAGAUUGCCAAAAUUCACAACGACCAGCGGGUGUAUGGAUCUUUCCAUUCGAUAUUCACGACCUUCAUGAACAAUCAUGAGUAUGAGGAAGCGUGGCACAUAUUGACUCCUUACGUUGCCUCCGUCGAACAAUUCAAGGGAAAGAAAGGUCUGCGAUUCGCGUACGAGAUGGCAUUGCAGAUUUCCUGUCGCAUGAGAGACUUCCACAACGCACAGAAGUAUUGGUCCUCCUUGGAAUCGCACAGCAUGCGUCCGAACCCAGAGGUUGUGCGCGUUGCACUCGAAGCGGCGGAGAAAGAAGAAACGCCAUCGGACAGCGUGAAAGCGCUCAUUACGCGGCUGGUCAAGAGUAGCUUUUUGGCGAAGGAUGAUGCGAACUUCUUCCGGGCUUUGCGUUUCCUGAGCAAGUGUCAUUCCGGGAAAGAAGUACUAGAAGCUUGGAAGAAAAUCCCGACGGAUAAGUUGAAGCCCGACAACAAGUCGCUCGGGGGCGUUUUUGCAGCUUAUGCUCAGAAAGGAGAUCUUGAGAGCUUCGAAUCACUUCAACGGCACAUGGAACAAAAUGGCGUGACCGCGGAUCGACUCACACUUUCGAGACUAUUGUUGUGCUGCUACAAAGCUAAGAACCUCUCUCGAGCGCUCGCCACAUUCAAAAAGCUGCGUGAAGCGGGUACCGGGCCAGAUAUAUUUGAUUAUACGGUCAUGAUGUCGGCGUAUAAUGAUUCUUCUGAGGAAAACGUUGCGGAGGCCUGCGAGGUCCUUUUCCAAGAAAUGAUUAGCAAGAACGUCAAGCCGAACGACCGCACCUAUUUCGCUCUGAUCAAGGCACGGAAUCGUCAGCCCGAGCUUGCGGAAGCACAUUUUGAAGCGAUGCAGCGAGCUGGAUACACCGGUAAGCGUAUGACGCCGCAUGCUUGUAGUACACUCAUGCACUCCUAUGUUGAGGCCAAACGGUACCACGACGGCCUCCGCAUCUACAAGUUUUAUUUGGAGACUGGGCACCCUCUCGGUCCAGUUAUCCUGGAUCUUGCGCUUCGCGCCAUCGUUGGAGCAGAGGAUGUAGAAGCCUUGAAAACGCUGCUGUCGGAGCUGGAACAGAACGGACAUGUACCAGAGCUAGACGGGGCGUACAUGAUUAUCGAAGCCUGCUCAAAGUUAUUUCCGGAUAUGCAACUCGCCAUGGAGAAUUUCCAGAAGUAUUUCCAAGGUUCGCCGCCUUUACUCCAGCCGGUGCCCAAGGUUUACAGAGCCCUCAUGGCCGGCUUUGCAAAACGUGGGGACCUCAAUUCUUGCAUGGACAUUCUCGAAAUCCUCUCCAAGCUGGACAGCAGUAGAGAUGACCCCAUCUACCUCAAACUCUUGAUGCUAGCGUAUGGUCGCGCAGGGAACCAUGCCAAGGCCAAAGAGAUAUGGAUCAAGCUCGGCCAAGCCAACGCCAUCAAUGCCACCGUCGCCAACAACGCUCUGGACUCCGCCGGCCAUAACGGGACUAUCGACGAUGUAGAAGACAUCAUCGCCGAGUGCGAGACCCUUGGCGUUGUGUUUGACGAGAACGCGUACAAUUCGUGGAUCGAGGCCCUGUGUCGGCUACGAUACUUUGACCGCGCAAUAAACGUCUUCCACGACAUGCUGGCGAAGGGGAUUGACCCGACGCCCAAGACCUACAGGACGAUCAUUACGCCGUUGAAGAAGGAACUCAUGUGGGAAGAAGUGGGACAGAUUCAUGAUAUCUUUACGAGGCAUUAUCCGGCUCUGGUCCUGGAGGCUGAGAAAUAUCUCAACCAAAACUUUUGAAAGGACCCGUGGAGGGGCGUUUCGACUGCGGACCGCUUGGUGUGCAUCCAGGAUAGCACACUGAGUGAAGCCAUAUGCCCGGCGGCUGGUCGGAUACCUCCCGUCUUGGUUCAAGCGAUUGUCCUUCGCUGUGAUCGCGCGAGCGGCCCAAACGAUGUGGCCAGCAUCCGUCGCCAUGUGGAUCACUUGCUCCGACCUCGGGAGAUGUGUAGGCGAGACCAUUCGGAGACGAACUUGCUGGCUUUAGGCCCUCUUCACACGAUUUCAAGCCUUUCUCGGCGGCACUGACGUUGAUCGUUAGCGACCGGCGUCGGAAAUGGCGGCAUUGUAGCAUGUUCCGGAUGUGAUGCGGAGGAGAUGGGAGAUGUGGGUACUGUAGAUACUGUAUCAUAGAUUCUAGCGGGGAGGAUCUCCUCAUGUAAAUUCGAAAUAUUACGAUGGACGCCAUUGAGACUGGGUCGUGCAGGG